UGCCAUGUUGGACGGCGCGGCUGACGGUGCGGCUGGGAGUUGCGAUAAAACUUUGGAUUGUACGUCGUGUGGCAACCCGACGGCCCUUCUCGCAGCUUCUGGCUGUUUCGGGGUGCGAGCAUUGCGGCCUGAACGGAGGGCGAAAGCGCCGGGAGGAGCGACGCUCCGCUCGCUUUGGUCGCUGGAGGCUCCGGCUGCAGGCCACGGUCACCAAUGAGCGCUCCCGUCCGCGCAGGACCCCUGUAGGCUCGAUUAGAUAACGCGCGGCUCGUCCUCCGCCUUUGAUUCGCGUUCUUUGCUCGUGCGCGCGCCGCCGCCGCCGCGGGACUCUGCGGUGAAACAUGAGCGGCCAUCCGCCUCCCCCGCGGCGGGUCGCCAACGUGGGCUCCCUGCUGCUGACCCCGCAGGAGAACGAGUGCCUCUUCGGACACCUGGGCAGGAAAUGCAUCACGCUGUGCUCGGCUGUGGUGCAGGUGUUUGCCGCCGACCGCAGCUCCAACUGGGUGAAGAGAUGCUGCGGGGUAGCCUGCCUGGUCAAGGACAACCCGCAGAGGUCGUACUUCAUCCGAGUCAUAGACAUAAAGGAAGGAAAACUGCUCUUUGAACAGGAACUCUACAACAACUUCUCAAUAAACUAUUCACGGUCGUACUUCAUUUCAUUCGCGGGGGAUAACUGUCAGGUGGGCUUGAACUUCGCCAGCGAGGAAGAGGCCAAGCGGUUCCGUGCAGCCAUGGCUGACCUGCUCUCCAGACGACAGAGGAAAACUGAAAAAAGACGCGAUCUUCCAAAUGGGCCGGCCUUGCCUAUGGCCACAGUGGACAUCAAGAACCCGGAGAUCAAUAACUUGCGCUUCCACAACAACGUCCAGGUCAACAACAUGGUGCACAGCAGCUUCAGCAAGGAGAAGAAGAAGGUGAAGGGGAAGCGGAAGAAGCUCACAAAGGCUGACAUUGGGACGCCCAGCAACUUCCAGCACAUUGGACAUGUUGGUUGGGAUCCAAACACUGGUUUUGAUCUCAACAACCUGGACCCAGAGCUGAAGAACCUCUUUGAUAUGUGUGGCAUCUCAGAGGCCCAGCUGAAAGACAAGGAGACGUCCAAAGUCAUCUAUGACUUCAUCGAGAAGAAGGGCGGGGUUGAGGCUGUCAAGAACGAGUUGCGCAGACAAGGUCCACCUAGGUGGUGCGCUCCCCCACCUCCACCAUCUAGAGGUGGACCACCUCCCCCUCCCCCUCCUCACAGCUCUGGACCUCCUCCUCCUCCACCUCCUGCCAGAGGAAGAGGGGCACCUCCACCUCCUCCUCCUUCCAGAGCCCCCACAUCUGCUCCACCGCCCCCUCCUCCAUCAAGGACCGGAAUGGGGGCCCCACCACCACCACCAACCAGAGGCCACCUGCCUCCGCCACCUCCACCCUCACACUGCUCUCUGGCCCCAGUGGCACCUCCACCCCCACCACCGCCAGCCUCCUCCACCUCCUCCCCCUCUUCCAUUGGUGGCAUGGUGUCAGGAAUCCCCCCGCCCCCCCCACCUCCACCACCACCACCUGGCCCCCCUCCCCCGGGACCACCCCCACUCCCUGAAGUGGAUGGUGGAGAGUCACUCCCAUCACCACUGGGAAACAAAUCGGCGCUGCUGGAGCAGAUUCGAGAGGGCACCCAGCUGAAGAAGGUGGAGCAGAACAACAGGCCGGUGUCCAGCACGGGGCGUGACGCACUCCUCGACCAGAUCCGGCAGGGUAUCCAGCUCAAGACUGUGUCUGAUGGGCCAGAUUCGGGCCCACCAACGCCUGCACCCUCAGCAGGCAUCGUGGGGGCACUGAUGGAGGUCAUGCAGAAAAGGAGCAAAGCCAUCCACUCGUCCGAUGAAGAUGAUGAUGAUGAUGAAGACGAGGACUUUGAGGAUGAUGAUGAGUGGGAUGACUGAAUUGGAUGACAUUUCUGCCCCCUUCUCCCAUGUAUAACUGACACUAUUGUUCCUGUCUUUCUGAAACUUAUUCAAAUUAUAAUGUAAAUGUUCUAUCAAUUUGCUGUAUAUUUUUGUUGCCUUUUUGCUUUUUUUAUUGAUCUGUGCAAUACCUCAUUUAAUCUGUAAAGGUUUGUCAUAUAUCUUUUGUAAAGUUUUCUCCUGGAUUAACUUGUGCAAUUUUACAUCAGGACAAACUUUCUUGAUUUGUAGGUUUGAAUGUUUUGUUCUUUCAUCAGUAAAGGGAGAGAAAAGGAACAAACUGACAGAAUCCUUAAUGUUGUAAUUGUUAGUUAAUGCAAGAUAACACUAUUUUCAUACUGUACUUUUCUGUACCUUAAAUUUUCUUAUUGAAAUUAGUUUAGCACUCUUAUUUUCUUAAGAAUCAGCUACUGGAAUAUUUAGCCCCAUCAUUUUCUCUGUAAAUUUCCACAGAGUUUGAGGCAGUUAUAUUUUUGCACGACUCAGAAUUGAAAUUCACUAAAAGAAAUAUUGUCCAAGGCUACAAAAGAAUCUAAAAACAUGCUUUGAAAGGCUCUCCAGUUCACCACCGAAACAGUAAUUCACAAACUGCGCUUUUCCUGCUGUAGCCUCAUGCCUCGAGGGGUCGAUUUCCGGGACUCGUAUGACUCCCGUCACUGUGUGUCUAAUGACUCCUCGCAAGCAUCUUUCUUUUACUUUUUACCAUAGCGAUCAGCGGAGUGACACGUUUGAAAGUGAGGUCCGUACUCGUGUGACGAGCGAUAACUUGAGUAGUUGUCAUAACUUAAAAACCUGCACCUUAGCGUCACGUAGUUUACUCGUUUUGCUGAAGGCCGCAGUACAGAGAUGGUGAAUGAACAGCUUGCGAGAAGGUUCUACGGGGCUGUGGCUUGAUAACUGCACGCAUGGUGAUUAAUGCUCGUGGAAAGCCUGCCAAACCUUCCGUAGUAACGGAUGCUGUUGUUCGCAGUAUUGUAUGUACGAAUUUUACACUUGUGUUUGCCCCUAUGGUUUGUGCUGCAAUAAGAAGCCAGGUAAUAGAUUUCAAACCUUUCGAAUAGCUUAGAAAAAGAACGGAACACUAAAUUGUAUAUCUAAAUAAAUGUUAAUAUUUAGACCUUUUCUGUUGUUUUUCAAGUAUUAUUUGAUUUUGUCUCAACAUUUUUUCUUUUAUCGCUGAUAUGAUGUCCAUCCGUUAAGAUAGUUUUGCGAGUGCUUAGUUUUGUGUAUACUGUACACAUGGUGAGUGAUAGUUUAAUCCAUCAGUGGAUGGAUCUGUAAUCUGCUGUCUUUGGGCCUCUGUCGUUCUUGUACUAUCAGGUUCAUGUGAGGUCGAGCAUGACAUGGGUCUCUGGUCUUUUCAUACCGUUCCUCUCUGUGACACUGAGAGGCUCAGUGUUCAUGGCACCGAAAGGCAUUCUGCAGCCUGUGUUCUCUACGCUUUCGGCGGAACUCCUGUUGACCUUCAGAUGGAAGGAAGGGGCAUGUUGAUGUUGGCAUUAAUCGGGUAAGGGGUAAUCGCUGUCGAGUUUUCGUGGCAAGGGAUGGCACGGUUUCACUUUGCUUUUUGCGUGUGUCCUUGGACUUCAAAUGUGGGGAGAAUGUGAACUUUGAACAUGGCGAGUAGGAUUCGAACCAACGUCGGAACGCACGGCUCAAGCACGGAGAGUCACCGGCCUUAUCGCAUUAAUGCAGAGUACAAAGCCAUUCAACGGGGUGUAAAAAUAGACUGUACCGGAGUGCCGUAACACCAUGUUGUACGGUGUGACUUUAUCCCGUCAGCCUCGAGGAGGGGACACACUGUUCCUGAGAGUGACACCGUUCUACUUAUUUUAGAGGGUACCUAUCGCCACCCUCCUCAAUUAAGUAAAUAAUUGCUUCCUAUAAAUACGUGUGCUGCUAAACUGUGCAACUGAUAGGUUAUUUAGCUGACAAACUAGAAUGUUAGCUUACACUAAUAUUAUUGAUACAUUUAUGCGUCUAGGAUAUUUACUCCAUGUCAGUUUGGGUUAAGUACCUCGAUCAAGGGUUCUAACGCAGGAGCUGGCAUUCAAACCCUGCUCUUUAAAAUGCAAGGAAAUGGCUGUAAGUACUACCCCACACGCUGCCCCAGUGUGAGAGUAAACCGCUUUAGAUGAAUGUGUCACGUGAGGAAGUGCAGCUUGCCGGCCAAGGCGGGAGCCCUCUUUCUAGAACAAAUUCUCCUUUGGUCAGUUUGGGCUCCUGCUCACACAUGUCCCUUUACAGCUGUGCAGUGGACUUAGAGGGGAAACUCCUCCAAGACACAAACCCAAAAGGACGGGAUUAGAAGUUCUUCCUGCUACAUAUUCUGCUUAUGCUUCCUCUAAUUACAAUGUAGGUAGUUGAGUCCUACAUCCAGUAGGAUGGGUCUAAUCUUUUCAUCUUCCUUAAGCCAGGAUUUUGCAGGAUUGGAAAACCGUAAAGCACAUUCUUGUCUAGUUCACCGAUUCUGCGGGUGAUAUUUGCCCUUUAAAGCUCUGACUGCAUUUUGUUGCUCUUGCUUUGUCAUAAUAAGGGCUGGAGACAGAAAUUCUGGCCUAAUGAAAUUCAACACAAAGUGGUGUCACCCAUUAUUGCUGUGGUAAGACUAGAAGGAAUGGAUAACACGCCUCACGUAAAAUUAUCAUUCCUGGUAGCUUGUCGUGUAACUGAUUCCACUGAAACAAUCACAUCUUUUAGCUCUUUAUUGCUUUAAAUACGAAAAGGCGGAUAAAUAUUUGCUUCAGCCAGAAAGUACUACUUUUAUUCUUAUGUUGACAAUUACCGUAGAUAAUGUGGAACUUCAGCCUGCGGAAGGGACACGUUUAUAGCCGAGUGUCCUCAAGCAUGACAACGCACACACACACGUGUGGCCAAGUGUGUAACGACCAUAAUGACACGAUUAUCGCAGACGUUCUGCUGGUUUAUAAACGUGCUGCUUUGAAGGAAGGUCCUUACUGGUCUUUUACAGGUAGCACCACACAGGUGUGAUCACCUUUGCUCCAGAGAAUGUUCUCUGAUGACCAGACUCUUCAGCUCACACUCUAUGUGCAUCCGUGCCCGGAGCUACUGUAGCGCUCAAGACAACAGUAACAAUGGAGCUAUUUAUAAUAUAUCUUGCUAACUGGUCGCAGUUUGUAGUGGCUCUCGUUUCCACAACAGGGCUCUAAAAGCCAGUCCGUUUGCUUUUUUUUUUUUUGUUUUAUUUUUAAAAACUAAUCUCUGUUUUCUUGAGUGAUGUAUAGCUACAAAGUCAUGUAACAAUGUUCUCGGUGACUGCAUUUUCGGACAUCGCUUUGCCGCUCAUCUAGUUGAACGGCCACCUGUUGAUACAGCUGUCGUCGAUGAAUUUGCCGAUCCAGCGGCUGCUUCCUGUGUUUUUCCUCCUGGCAGCAAGUCUUUGGAACCACGAAAAUAUAGCUAGCUUUGUAGUCUAUUAGUGCAGCGGAUUUUACAAGUAGCCCCAAAUCCCAGUACAGUUUCUCCUGUCCUUCCAAAUAAAUUUUGACGCUACACGAUUUUCCAGCUGUGAAAGUAUUUGUUGAAGAAGCAGAAACCGAGUUUCUUCCAUGAGCUUCUGGUGUUGUGGUAUGUUUCUGACUGGUAGCCUUCAGAUCCUAGCCCUCAUAUGCUGUUAUUGCUGUUGCGAGAAUGGGUGUGUUGAUGCUUUUCUGGUGUCGGCUCUCGCUCAUCUCAGUGAUUGGAUGCUGCUACGAUGGUACCCCCGAAGUCUUCACAAAGUGGAAGGCCCUUUCACUGGUUUUAGCUUGUUUUACGCCCUUGAAUAUGCUACUUGCCAUCUUCUGUCGUGUGCAUUUCAGAUGAUGUGGCAAGACCUGAAAUGAGCUGUUUGUGCUUGAAAACCUGCACUUUUUUCUAAACUACAACAGUUUUAGAGGGAGGGGUGAGGAAGAAGUCCUCCAAUGAGCUGCAAGAAAUAUGUAGUUGUAGUCAUUGCAGCUAAAGGUGGAGCAAGGAGGUAUUGAAUGAUAAGGGGCGUUUCGUCGCCUUGCAAACCAAUAAAAUAUCACAGAAAUACUGGUCUCCCAUUUGCUCUCUGAAGCUCCAUUUAGAUUGUACUAGAAGUGACAAAGAUUUGAUCAAGGUCAAGGUCAAAAAAGCUGCAAAAACAGAAUUGGAACAGGGCCAAACACUUCAUAGCACUGUAGAAGCCAUUCCACUGUGUUUUCUGGAAGAACCAUAGUAGGUGUGUGGUCCAAGGUUUUGUGAUUUCUUCCGGUCCCAUGGAUGAUCUCAGGUGCAGAAGAUACCUCUGUUGCCAUCUGGGGUGGUGGCAGGUGAGGAUGCCUGUCCUCCUCAUCCCGAGGCCCGGCAGAUCAUGCUGUUUUUGCGUGGAGUUGUCCUUCAAGAGCCUGACCAGGUUUAUUUGGGCUAGGCCUCCCAAAAUGUGCCCUUGGUUUUGGAAGUGAAGUUCAGCCAACAUGCCAUAGCCCGUAUGCAGUUGUUCGUUAUGAAGUUUGACUCAGUGUUUAGGUUUGUGAGGCUCCAGUUAUUUUCAGUGGUUCAGCAUUGCGAACGGGUCACUGCCUGAAUGUUAGCGAGACUGAAGAGCCGUACACGAGUGUUUGAAUGCAGGGCUUCAGAGAAGUGCACCAUCAUCUCCUUAGAGAUAUUCUUGAUCAUUUUGAGUCUGACCUCAGUGGUAUUAAUGUUGUAACUCAUUACUACAGGGUCUUCUCGAUCACUACAGGGUCUUCUCGAUCACCACAGGUACCCUUUCGGACUGGUCUGACUUUGGGGUUUUGGUAUUCAUAUGCGCUCAGUUCUAAUCUCCUCUUAAUCACUUUCCUUUUCCUCGUUACUUUGCUCCCAAUCUUCUUUGCGGUCUUCUUUCUUUGGGUUGUUUUCUGUCACAAAUUCUUUUUUUCUGGUUUUCCCAUAUCUUUUACAGCCUUCAUUCCCUGUAUUGCAGAAUAAAAGCUUGGUGCCUUGGCUUUGCGUUGGCUGAUCUGUAAAUCUAUCUGUUAGGAAAAAAUCUGAAUAAACUUUCAAAACCAAUUUGAGUGAUAAUCCUGAAGAAAUGUUGUUUUUGUAAAAUUUUGUCGUGUAAAAUCCUUUUCUUGAGUGAUAAUCCUGAAGAAAUGUUGUUUUUGUAAAAUUUUGUCGUGUAAAAUCCUUUUCUAAUAGUUAGCCGGCCACAUAGAGAUCAUUGCAUGAAGCACAGUUGGUCAAGUUGAAAUAAAAUAAGAGCUCUCAGAAAACAUUUCAGAAACCAUCUUUAAAAUGUUCGCUAAUAUGAGACUUGGUUUAACCAAAGGUUGAGGUUAACAUACUACAACUCCCAGCUAAACAGGUUCACCCUCUCUCUGUUUGGUUGUAUCACCUUGCCUUUGCGGAGUUUGUAGCU